UUUCCCCACAUCAUCGGCGCCACCUACUUCAGUGGUUUCUCUUAAAAAUAGUAUCAUAAUCAUUUAUACUUGUGAUUGGGGUGUACGAUAUCUACGUAAUCAAUGACGGAGGGCGCGUGACCGGACGCCUGCACCUGCUUUGUAUUUUUCAACAUGGCCUCGUACUUUCGGCUGGGUGCAGUGGUACUGUGUUCUGCAGUUUUAGCUACUGCCGUUAUACGGGAGAAUUUUAAAACAUGUGAACAAAGUAGCUUUUGCCGGCGUUGCCGCAAAGUUGAACCAGGAAAGACGCCUUACAAACUCCUGCCAGAUACGGUCUCAAAAACCGAACAUGCUCUUAAUGUCGAUUUGUUUAAUAAGGAUACAGGAGUCACAUAUGUGGUACAACUAUCUGCACUACAGGAUAACACAUUCAGACUCCAUAUUAAUGAGAAGAAUCCUUUGCAUCCCAGAUAUGAAGUAGAAUAUGCAUUACAAGGUCAGCCACGGCUGACAAAAUUGAACUCGGUUACGCAGACUGCAGAAAGCAUAACUGUUACAAGUGGAUCAAAUAAAGCUGUCUUGCUUAUUGAUCCUUUCAGGGUUGAUUUAUACUCUCAAGACAUACUUGUAGUAUCUGCAAAUGCUCGGGGCCUUAUGAGAUUUGAACACAUUCGAACAAAGCCAGAACCGAAACCAGAGCAAGUAGAAGGGGCAGAAAAUAUUGAAACACCAACACCGGCGUAUCCAGGAGAUGGAGCAGAAAAUGAUCCAGGAGCGUGGGAAGAGAACUUCAAAUCUCACCAAGAUUCAAAACCAUUUGGGCCAGAAGCCAUAGCACUUGACUUCACCUUUCCCGGAGCAGAACAUGCUUAUGGCAUUCCAGAACAUGCUGACACUUUUGCACUGAAAUCCACAAAGCAAACAGACCCAUAUCGAUUAUACAAUUUAGAUGUCUUUGAAUACGAAGUCAAUGAGCGCAUGGCUUUAUAUGGUGCUGUUCCUGUUCUUUAUGCUCAUGGUAAGGAUAGGACAACGGGCAUCUUUUGGCAUAAUUCUGCUGAAAGUUGGGUUGACAUUCUCACAAGUGCAGAUAAUAAUGUCGUUGAAAGUAUCGUAAGUCUUGUAGCUGGAGCAAAGAAGCCUCAAGUAGAUGCUCAUUUUAUAUCUGAAUCUGGGGUCAUCGAUGUAUUCUUUUUACUUGGUCCUAAACCUCUGGAUACGUUCAGACAAUAUACUGUUCUAACAGGAGUUGCACCUUUGCCACAGAUAUUCUCCUUGGGAUACCAUCAGUCUCGUUGGAACUACAAUGAUCAAGAUGACGUGGCACAAACUGCAGAGAAUUUCGACAGAUACGAUAUGCCACUGGAUGUUAUGUGGUUGGACAUUGAAUACACCGACAGUAAAAGGUAUUUUACCUGGGAUGAACGCAAAUUCCCAAAUCCUCUUGAAAUGAUCCAGAAUCUAACGGCAAAGGGCAGAAAACUAGUGGUUAUUAUUGAUCCGCAUAUCAAACGAGACACUGGAUAUUUCUUACAUAAUGAUGCAACGAGUCUAGGAUAUUAUGUUAAACACAAAGAUGGAAAGGAUUACGAGGGAUGGUGUUGGCCGGGUGCCGCUUCAUACCCGGACUUCUUCAACCCAAAAGUACGCGAGUAUUUUAUGGAUCUUUAUUCUCUCGAGAAGUUCCACGGUACCACGAACGACGUGUACAUCUGGAACGAUAUGAACGAACCAAGUGUAUUUAAUGGGCCUGAAAUAUCAAUGCUGAAGGAUUUAGUCCAUUAUGGCGGUUGGGAACAUCGUGACGUUCAUAACAUUUACGGGUUGGCGUACACGAUGUCUACCUAUGAUGCUUUAUUCCGACGAUCUGGAGGUUCUCUCCGUCCGUUUGUUCUCACAAGGGCACACUUUGCGGGGUCGCAACGAUUUGCGGCAGUAUGGACGGGAGAUAACACUGCUGAGUGGGAUCACCUUCGUAUAUCUUAUCCCAUGUGUCUGUCUCUCGCCGUAGCGGGAAUCUCCUUCUGUGGAUCCGAUGUUGGGGGAUUUUUCAAGAAUCCCGACCACGAGCUGUUUGUCCGAUGGUACCAAGCUGGCGCCUGGCUCCCCUUCUUCCGGCAACAUUCCCACAUUGAAACAAAACGGCGAGAACCGUGGACUUUCAAUGAAGAAACCAUUCAGAUUGUACGAGAGGCAUUGCGUAUGAGAUAUUCCUAUUUACCUCUAUGGUACACAUUAUUCCGAGAACAUGAAGUGAACGGUACGCCUGUGAUAAGACCGCUUUGGGCGCAUUAUCCUACCGAGACUCAGACAUUUACCAUCGAUACUCAACUUUUGGUUGGAGAUUCCGUUCUCGUUUGCCCAGUAUUUAGUCCUUCCGUUACUGAAAUAUCAGUGUACUUCCCUGGAGAAAGAAAGGUUGCUUGGUAUGACAUCGAUACUAUGCAAAAAUACCAGGUAUCCGGUUCAACGAACAUUCCAGUCACUCUCUACAAAAUACCUACGUUCCAAAGAGAAGGCUCGAUCGUUCCUCGCAAGAUGAGAAUUCGACGAAGCACCGUCGCAAUGAAAGAUGAUCCUCAUACUCUAAUAGUCAUUGCUGAUGAUAAAAGAAAAGCCAGUGGAACUCUAUAUAUCGAUGAUGAAGUCAGCUUUGAGUAUCGCCAUGGAAAGUACUUGUAUUUGAACCUGACCCUGGACGGAAAUAAACUAACCUCGACGCUUAUAGACAAAUUAGCUACGUAUGAGACGAAGAGCUGGCUUGAACGAGUAGACAUUGCAAACCCGCCACCAGGUGUCAAGUCUGCCAAUAUAAUCACACGAAACCAUGGUAAAGUAACUUUGGAAACCAAAUACAACCCCAAUAAUAAUGUACUGACAGUGCGUAAGCCUGGUGUAAAUAUGGGAGAAGAAUGGACGAUUGAGUUGAUUCAUUAAUUGCUUAAUCUGGUGUGCAAUUGCAACAUCCUCGCGGUAACACUCUGUUGUUCAUACUCAUUUGAGUUUUCAGCUAUCUGUGAUCCGGAACAGUUAUACGAUAAAGUCAGCAGGUAAAGUAACAUAGUUAACAUGUAGGAGACAUGCAUGGAUUCCUUCGAAAGAAAACUCAGGAUAUAUAUAUCAGACUUUUAAACUGUGCUUAGUAUAUUCGAGCAGUGUAAGUUCGAAGAUAUUUAUGUAGACGUGAUCCAAUGUAACACAUUUUUAUAUUCGUACCUACUCAUAGCAGUGAAUAGUUUAGCAAUAAAUAUGUUACGUUUAAACAUUAAAA